AAAUAGAGGACCCAAAUGUUAGAUGUUUUAGGAAGAGGGACAAAAACACAAAUGAAAACAAAUUAAGGGAAUAUUAGUGAUAGACGAAAGUUCGGGUCUGCUGGAAGUUUAAAAACCAAAACCCUAGCUUCUAUUUCCUCUCAGACGACGCGCAGCUCCACCAUCUUUUACAUCUCUCUCUCAGCCUCUAAUUCUGUGGCCACCGAACAAGCAAAUAUGAGUCGAGGAAGUGCAGCAGCUCCCAAGGGGAAGAAGAAGGGAGCAACAUUUACAAUUGAUUGUGCUAAACCGGUGGAGGACAAAAUCAUGGAUAUUGCAUCCCUCGAGAAGUUUCUCCAGGAGAGGAUUAAGGUUGGUGGCAAGGCAGGCGCUCUCGGUGACUCAGUAACUGUUACCCGUGAGAAGAGCAAGAUUACUGUUACAUCUGACAGUAAUUUCUCCAAGAGGUAUUUGAAAUACUUGACCAAGAAGUAUUUGAAGAAGCACAAUGUUCGCGAUUGGCUCCGUGUAAUCUCAUCCAACAAAGAUCGUAAUGUUUAUGAAUUGAGGUAUUUCAACAUUGCCGAGAAUGAGGGUGAGGAGGAAGAUUAAACCUCUGUAAUAUUUUAUUUGUUAGAAGAACUUAAUUUCCUGUUGCCAGACUUUCCUUUGUUUUAGUUUUUCCAAUGUGAUGGUGUUUUCACUGAAAAUUAUUAUGGUUCACAAUUUUGUUCAGUAAAAGCUACGAGAUUUUAAAUUA